CUUUCCCCUCGCACCAGGUGAUUCACUUGACCUUCGAUACCUAUUUUCUCACCUACAAAAUCAAAAACUCUCCCUCCUCCAUCUAUUGUUCGACGUCACCACCUGUUUGGUUUUACUAUUACCAGUAGUCCACGUCAUUAAACAACCGAUUCGACGCCGCCCCCCCCCUUCGCUAACCGUGGUCGGAUUGGGCUUUUGCGCGCCCGUGUUUGCGACAACCACUACAUCCAUACAUACCUUAGACAGCCUCGUCUCUCGACCAACCUCGUCCACAGACAUUCAACAAAGAAAAAACUUCAUCACCCACAUCGCGAGUUUUCAUCGCGCAUCUACUUAAUCAACACUCUGCCAUGGCGCCCGUCGAGGAAAUCUUUGAGCGCGCCUGGGGUUGCCCUUAUGGCUACGUCUAUGAUAGCUUCCGCCGCGAAUGUAGGCGUAGCAACUGGUCCUACUGGGGACGCUGGGUCCUUGCCGGCGUCUGCAUUUUCCUCUUCUUCCUCAUCCUGACAUGCCUAUUCUCCUCUCGUCGUCGCCGCCGCCGUGGCGCCACGCCCAUUUACGGCACUGGCUGGAUGGCGCCCAACAACAAGCCUUGGGGCAACAACCAGAACAACCACCAGAUGCACGACUACAACCAGGGCGACUACAACCACCAGCAGCAGUAUGGAUACGGCCCGCCCCCUCCUCCACCUGCCUACGCCCAGCACCAGCAGCCCCAGUACACGGGCACCACCUUUAACCCCAACGAUGGAUACUAUGGUCAAGGGCAGCAGUACUCUGGUGUUCAGCCUCCUCAGGGCACAUAUCAGCGCGACGACCCAGGCUACACGCCGCCUGCUGGCCCUCCCCCGGGCAAGUAAGGGAUGACGAUGCUGGAACGGCCGCUUGGGGAAAAAGGAUACCACUGAUGAGGCGUUUCUGGAAUUGAAUUGGACUGAAUGGCUUUACUACCGUCAGGCUUUACGAUAGAGGCGAUGGAGGUUAUUCGUGUAAUAUGGUGAUGGCAAGGGCAUCAUCUUGUCUCACUUGCUCAGCAAUAUCUGCUCUUGAUACGCUCAAUAUAGCUUUGUACACACUGAGAAAUCAUUUAACGUCAUACUCAAGUUUCAUCAU